AUGCCGCGGGGCCGGGCCGCCUACCUGGGUCAAGGUCGCGGCGGUCCGGUCCCGUCAGCGCCGCACCUGCGGAGGGCAGAGGAGGCGUCGGGCGCGGGGCCGGGACCCCCGGGAGGGCCCCUCGCCCUCGCGGCAGAAGGGCGGCUGGACCUGCCCCGAGGCCCGCCCCGCUCCCCGCGGCCCCCGCUCCCGCUGUCCCCGCUCGCGGUGUCCCCAUUGCCGGUGCUCCGGCGCCCCCCCGGCCGCUCCCGGUGCGCCCCGGCGCCGCCGCUCACCGCCCGCCCCCGCCACGGGCCCCGCGCUCCCGACGCCAUCUUCCCGCCGCGCCCGACGCACCGCGCGCGCUGGCCACGCCCACCGCGGCCCGGGCACGCCCACCGCGGGCCGGGGACACGCCCACACGCCUCUGUGGGCGUGGCCUCUCCCGCAAAGUGCCGGGGCUCCCGGCACCGAGAGCCCCAGUACGGGCACCGCUCGGAACCGGGCACCCCGCCGGCCCAGCCACACCUCCGGCACCCCGGUGCCGGGACCCCAGAACCGCUCUCCCGGGCACCCCAGAAACGGGCCCUCCCUGGCCUGGGCACCCUCGUGGCAGAUAACCUUGCACCGGGCACCCCUGUGCCGGGCAGCCCCGUGCCAGCGGGGCACGGCUGCUCUGGGGGCUGGGGUACGGGACCCCCACAGGUGCUGGGGCCUGGCUCAGCCACAGAGCCACCGGCACCCGGGGCUGGGUGCGGGCAGAGGGGCCGCACACGGGGACAGAGCGACCCCCGGUCCCUCUGUGCCCCCAGCCGCGCUGCCACCCCCCGGAGCUGGAGCCUGGACCCCGCCGGGGACUGGCACUACAGGUGGAUCAGCCUCAUGGUGCUGCCCAUCCUUUACAACUGGGUCGUCCUCAUCCUCAGGUGCUGCUUCCCCGAGGUGCAGGAGGCACACGCGGGGCUGUGGCAGGCCCUGGACGGGCUCAGCGACGCGCUGUACCUGCUGGACAUCGCCGUGCACCUCCACACAGGUUUCCUGGAGGACGGGAUCCUGGUGCGGGACGUCAGCCGGACGCGGCGGCGCUAUCUGGGCUCCUGGACCUUCCCCUGGGACGUGAUGUCCGUGCUGCCCACCGAGCUGCUCUGUCUGCUCCCAGGGGUCCCGAGGGUCCCCGGGGUGCCGGCAGCACGCGCCAACCGCUGCCUGCGGGUGCCGCGGCUCUUCGAGGCCUUUGACCGGCGCGAGACGCGCACGGCCUGGCCCAACGCGUUCCGCGUGGCCAAGCUGAUGCUGUACCUGCUGCUGGGCAUCCACUGGCACGGCUGCCUCUACUUCGCGCUGUCGGCACGCCUGGGGCUGGGCGCUGACCCCUGGGUCUGCCCCGGCUUCACGCGGCCGCUGCGCCGCUACCUGCACAGCUUCUACUUCUCCACGCUGGUCCUGGCCAUGGUGGGCGACACGCCGGAGCCGCAGCGCGAGGAGGAGCUCCUCUUCCUCACCGCCGGCUUCCUCCUGGCCGUGCUGGGCUUCGCCACCAUCACCGGCAGCAUCAGCACCGUCAUCGUCAACCUCAGCUCGGCCGCCGCCGCCUUCUACCCGGACGCGGGGCCGGUGCGGCGGUACCUGCGCGUGCGGGCCGAGGUGGCGGCCGGCGUGCACCUGGCGGCCCUGCGGCGCGUGGGGCUGUUCCGCGGGUGGGAGCGCGGCGUGCUGCGGCAGCUGGUGCUGCGCCUGCGGCCGCAGGUCUUCGGCCCCGGCGAGUUCGUGUGCCGGCGCGGGGACGUGGGCCGCGAGAUGUACUUCAUCCGCGAGGGCCGCCUGGCCGUGGUGGCCGAGGACGGCGUCACGCGGCUGGCCGUGCUGGGCGAGGGGCUCUACUUCGGGGAGAUCAGCCUCAUCGACAUCAAGGGCAACGUGGCAGGGAACCGGCGCACGGCCAACAUCCUGAGCAUCGGCUACUCAGACCUCUUCUGCCUGGGCAAGGAGGACCUGGCGGAGGUGCUGGCCGAGUUCCCCCGUGCCCGCGCUGCCAUGGAGGCCAAGGGCCGGGAGCUGCUGCUGCGCAUGGGCCAGCUGGACACCGCAGCUGAGGCGGCGGCACUGGCGGCCGGGGCCGAGGCGGAGCGGCGGCUGCGGGGGCUGGAGGUGGCCCUGGAGGGGCUCCAGACGCGGGCAGCCCGGCUGCUGGCACAGCUGGAGGCCGGUGCCCUGCGCAUGGCCCUGCGCGUCCGGCGCCUCGAGGGACGGCUGCAGCUGCGGGACAGAGCCGUGCGGGACGGGGCAGUGCGGGACGGGGCGGUGCGGGACAGAGUCGUGCGGGACGGGGCGGUGCGGGACAGGGCGGUGCGGGACAGGGCGGUGCGGGACAGAGCCGUGCGGGACAGGGCAGUGCGGGCAGACGGGGAAGUGCCGGACAGAGCGGUGCGGGACAGGGCGGUGCGGGACAGAGCAGUGCGGGCAGACAGGGAAGUGCCGGACAGGGCGGUGCGGGACAGGGCGAGAUCCAGAGGGGCGCAUGGUGUCCCCGAGGCUCAGAGGGUCGGGGUCCCACGAGGGGUGGGGGUGCCGCGGGACUAG